GCCCAUGGGCCUGGAUAUUUUUUUUCUCAGCUCUAUCCUUUGCCGUGCGUGCCUGGCCAGCUCGUGGAAAAAUCUCGCCGCCGCCUCCAUUCUCCUUUUUCUCGCAGCGCCGCGGCUUCCCUCCCCCUGAGCUCCCUCAGCCAUGACGCGUCUUCCUCCCUGCACACGUCCUUCUGCUCGAUCCCAAGCUUCCUGUGCGCGCGCUACUCUUCCUUCCCAUGUUACUGCGCGCUCUACCUUCCCUCCCAUGGCGUCCAUCUCCCUAUGCUUGCCCCUUCCCCUGCUUCUCCUCCGUGGAGCUCCAUCUCCUUGCGCGGCACUCCCUCCAGCUCCUUCCUCUCCCUCUCGGUUCUCUGUUGGCCGGUGCUCUACUCCUCCCAUCCACGACGUGGGUUCUGCUCCCUCUGCUCGGAGUCUCCUACGCGCAGCUCGCCAGGCUCUCCCUCUCUCAUGGCGAGCGCCUGUGCUCCCUCCACCCUGCUCGCAUGGCCGCGCCGGCUCCCUCCAGUCGGCCGCGCGCCCAGCCAAAGUCCCCUGCGCGCAGCUCGCGCCCUGCUCGCCCCUCUUCUCGCCGAGUACUUUCCCCAUAAAAUUUGCUCGACCACGGUCUCGUCAAACCGUGAAGCUUCCUCGCCGUGUGCUCUGGCAUCGGCUGUCGCCAAUUUUGCCAUAAAGUUCACGAGCACUCCUUGCUCAGUUUGUUUCGCAGUGGGCUAUUUCUCCACAUUUCAAUUCCGUGCUGCUUGCCCCGUGUGCGCUCGCUCCAGACUCGAUCUCGUCGUCAUUCCGUGUGUCAUCAAGAAAUCCCAAGAAUCGGGCGGAUUCGUGUCAGUUGUUGGAACGGUACGUGAAUUAACCACGUGAUGCGGAGAACCAGAAUUGAGUUGACCACAAGAUGGUGCUGAUGAACGGAAUUGAAGAUGGACAGACGAAACAAGUAUCAGAACAAAGGAUGGUCGUCAAGUGAUCGACGUCUAACAAACACUAACGUACUGUUUAUCCCAGGCAAGCCCCGGUGCAUGCAACCCCUUCCUUGUGUUUUUAAAUAAUUUUUACAUACUUUAAGUCUAGCGAAAUGUGCAUUAGGUUUAUAGGAGUUGCUUGGAAACCCUUUGAUGCAUUGCCUACCUUGAUAUCCAUACCUUUAUAGAUACUUCUGAUGAAGUAUCAAAAUAUGAUUUACAAAAAUGCUUAUCCCUGCUUAGACCUUGUAGAUAGAGGUUGUCUUUUGCAUUAAGGCCUAGCUCAGGGGUUAUCUUAAGGAAGGAUGACUUCUACCUGCAAGAAUAUUUUCAUUGGGAGCGUGGUGGGAUCUUACUGCAAAGUUCCCUAUAAUGCUCUUUUCAUCCUAAGGAACUGUUGGGGGCCUUCGUCCUCCGAAGGUCCUCAAAAACAUGAUUUGACAAUGUUUUCCAAGUGGAUUAUGUGAACAGGUACCUUCGGACUCAGAAUUACGAACAUGAAGUGCGGUCAGGACGAAGCCUGAACCAGACGAAGGACGGGCUGAUUACCAAGCUCCACGAAGGAUGGUGCACAGCCGAAGCUGUGCGCAGGGAAGCUUCGUCGCGAUAGCAGAGAGGGGAACCGACUUAAAGAUGAAAAGACUACGUGGACCUUGUCAGAUUUCCAUAAGUCAUUGACAAAUGUAAUGGACAUAAAUGUAAUUUUACGUGGGCUGCGUCCCGCGUCUAUAAAUAGAUGAACAGUACUCCCGUACUGUUCACGCUGACUUGGCAUUUGCUUUUGCGUCACGCUUGUACUUUUUAUCUUCUCUCAGGACCGAAGGUACAUUUGUAAUUUGAAAUCAUUUCUAUUUUUCCAUGUUAAUAAAAUAGAAAUGAUUCUAUGAUGAUG